AUGAUCAACACUAACAACACAACUUUAAUUACUCAGUUCAUCAUUGUGGGAUUCCCAGGACUCUUGCCACAGUAUUAUGGCCUAUUAGCUACCUUUCUCUUUUUUAUCUACAUUGUAAUUGCAACAGGAAAUAUUUUUAUGAUUGUGUUUGUGGCUUGUGAGAGAAGCCUUCAGAAACCAACUUAUCUUAUCUUCUGUAACCAAGCAAUGUGUGACCUCUCAUUUGGAACAGUGACUCUGCCAAAAAUAAUUUCACGUUACUGGACUGGAGAUAAAAUUAUCUCAUUCAGUGGGUGCUUCAUGCAAAUGUACUUUGUCCAUUUCUUAGGGGCCUGCAGUUCAUUUUUCAUGGCAAUAAUGGCUUUGGAUCGAUUUAUUGCCAUAAAUUAUCCUCUGCGAUAUCCUGUACUAUUUAAAAAUUCCAUUGUUUCAGUUCUCUGUGCUUGUUCAUGGUUGUUUAAUGUACUACAGAUGGCAGCUAUUGUUGUUCAGGCCCUCGCUGUCCCUUACUGUGGUCCAAAUCUUAUAAACCAAUGCUACUGUGACCACUUCUCAAUCACAAGUCUGGCUUGUGAACCUGAUAGAAAUAUACAAGUUACUGCCUUUGGUAACGCAAUGUUCAUUCUUCUUGGUCCUUUAUCUUUCAUCAUAUUUUCAUACAUCUCAAUAAUUGUUUCAGUCAUGAAAAUCUCUAAUGCAGAGGGACGAUACAAAACCUUCUCAACAUGCACCCCGCAGCUCUUAAUUAUAUGCCUAUAUUAUAUACCUAGAUGCUUUGUGUAUUUGACCAAUACCAUUGGGUUUGAUUUGAGCAAAGAUAUUCGUAUCACACUAAUUAUGUGGUACAGUUUAUUCCCAGCUCUGAUCAAUCCAGUGAUAUACUGCUUCAGGACAAAAGAAAUCAAAGAUGUAUUAACCAAGAGAUUUAAAAGCAGACGAGCCCGAUUAGAAAUAAAAGUUGCAUUAGUUUGA